GCCUACCACAUGGAGUCAACACAUGAAAGCCUAAGAGAUGACAUAUAAAUGAUAAUGGAUAAAGGUUUAUUCUUGCUGGUAAUGAAAAAAUACAAAUUAACUAGAACAAUGUAUUGGGUAUUUUUCACCUUUAAUAACCAAAUGCUGGUAGUAUCCUUAAACUGGAAUUCUUAGUCAUUGCAGUGACAAUUAAAAGAAUUUUUAAGAAUCUUUUUGAUAUGCACCGUUCAACCAAGUAAUUUCAAUUUUGAGGUAUAAAGGAAAAAGUAGGGCUUUUGAGUCAGCCAAAUCUGGGUUUGAAACUUGGCUCUGUCACUUACUAAAGGUGACCUUCAGUUUCCUCAUAAUACGUAUCGCACAGAGUUAGGAUUUUAAAAGAGAGUCUUUAUAAAGAGGUUUCAGAGAAAUGGUAGGCAAUAAAAAUGGCACCACAGCAGCAUCAGACCUUGUGUACCUUCACAAGGGGAAAGGAGCAUCAAGAUCAACAGCCCAAGGCUGGUUGCUACGAGGCGAAGGUCAGACAUACCUCCCCUCUCCAACCUUUUCACCAGCUCUGACACCAGCUGCCUCUCCCACGGCGCUGUUUCUCUGCUGGGUUCGGUAACUCAUUGCAGUGGCCACAUAGAACUCAUAGACCGUACUCACAAUUAUGGAGUUUAUUAGGGAAGUAACAGGUUACAAUUCAGGAUCAGGAACGAUUCGCUAUACAGUUCUUAGAAUCAGGACGGCCUCUUCUCAGCCGUGUCCGCAGGCAAGCUGCUCUCAGGCCCUCAGGCCUUUUGGGCAGGCCCAGCCUCUUCUCUGCUUGGUCAAAUGUUACAGAGCUCUUGAGCUCCACCAAUAAGUGCCCAAGGGCACCCCACCCCACCAGAAAGCGUCAGCCCGAAGGCACCCAGCUCUUCUGCUCCACGGGUUGGCAAACCUAGCUCCAUCACCCUGGCUCCCCCGAAAAGUGCUUGGAGGCACCCCACUCUACCGGGAAGUCUCUACUUGAAGGUUCUCAGCUCUGUUGCUUUGUGAGUUGGCACACUCACUGUAACCACCUUGCUCAGUGAGGUAUCCUGUCCUGUCUCACACUGGUCUCCUGGUUCUGCUGCUACUGUUUUUCUGCCACCACAUCUCACCAUCUCUGCCACUGCUUCUCAUUGUCUCACACUGUCUCCAGUGUUGCAGCUCUGUCUCUGUCUCCUGGGUCUAGGAGGUUCCCCAGAUCUAAAGGACAUGCUCUUCUCUCAUCCCUUCUUGGCAGUAGUGAGGUUCCCCCUUCCCACAUCUGGGAUGGCUCAUUUUAAGCCUAGAAGGAUGGCAAAACUGAUCAAUACCCUCGUUAGGGUUCCAUACACCUUAUUUGCAUGGCCUAGCCCCCCCACAAGGGUGCCAUGCACUUUAUUUGCAUUAUUAGCAAGCUAUCUAACUGCCUUGGUGGGCCACAAGCACCUUUAUUUGCAUUGUCCCACCCAGUCAUUUGGUGGAGUUACAAGACCAUGGCGAGAAAGGCCAUAUAAACGCAAUCCAUCACACCACGUAGGCUAAGCUUAUGGACCUCUCUUCCGUUACACAGAAAUGGUGGAUAAAAUAAACAGAUUUACGUAUUUAAGUGGGUUUGAAAGAAAUUAGAGGAACUCCAAGCCUGAUCAGUGAGCCUCCAGGGAGGAGAGAGUAGGGAAGACUGGACCAUAUAUAGGCCCUAAAGACCAUAAGUGGAGUUAAUAUGUUCAUAUAGGGCACUGGGGACAUGGCAUUAGGCCUUAGGCCUUGGAAAGAUAGGGGCCUCUAACACACUUGGAUAAAGAGCAGUUCCUUUGGUGAAAAUGGACUGAAUGGACCCCUUACCCGCAGACAACUACCCAGAAAAGGGAUAAGAAAGCUGCCCUGCUUGGGGCUCUGGGCAGGAGAAAAAAGUUUCCUAUUAGAAGUUUAAGCCUGUUAAACUUUAUGCCAUUAUAGCAUCCAAAUGUAAACUACCUCCACAAUGUGGAGUUUUCCAAGCCAAAAACUAUAAAUUGGUUCUGGUCUGGUAGAAUCCAGGAAAAGGCAAAACAAAACCAACCUUGAACAAUUCCACAACUGAGGUGCAUCAGACACCCACAGAAAGGCCAGGCCCAACUAACUAAAAAUUACAAUCCAAGCAAGAGAAAUGUGAGUGACAGUAGGCAUAAUAAGUAGGAAACUUACCGCCUCCAAAAAUCUGGGGUAAUAUAGUAGUCUGAAAAAGACUAUCAAAUAUGUACAGCUGAAAAAGGCUGAGGAGAAAAAGGAGUAAAAAUAAUAAGGAAUGGAAAACUGAAACAUGGAACAGCUGGCAUUAAAAAGUACCACCCAAAACAACCUAAGUGUGGAGGGGAAAAAAAACAUUAAGCUUGGAUACCAGAUUGGACACAGCUGAGAAGAAUUACAGAACUGAAAGGUAGAUCUGAGACAAUUGCCCAGAAUGUAGCACUGAUUAAAAAGACAGGAAAUACAACAAAUGGGGAAUCAAUGAAAAGGCACAACAUAUAUCUAAGGGGAAUCCUAGAAAGAAUAGAGAAACUCAUGAUGAAGAACCAUUCAAAGUUUUAACAGCUGAGAAUUUUCCAGAAUUGAUGGAUAGAUAUAUCUGAAGGGUCUUGGUGUUGCAGUGGUUGAGCGCUUGGCUGCUAACCAGUAGGUAGGUCAGCAGUUUGAACCUACCAGCCGCUCCACGGAGAAAGAUGCGGCAGUCCGCUUUUGUAAAGAUUACAGCUUUGAAAACCCUAUGGGGGCAGUUCUUCUCUGUCCUAUAGGGUCGCUAUGAGUCAGAAUUGACUCAAUGGCAGUGGGGUUUUUUUGUUUGUGUGUUCAUUUGGAGUCAGAAUCAGAUGGUUGGGAGACUAGCAGAGCUUCCCACAGGUGUUACCUGAACCAUGUCUUAAGGUAUGUGUAGGCAUUAAUGAGCUGUGCAAAUAAGGGAGACUAGAAGAGAACUUGGAAACCCUGGUGGCGUAGUAGUUAAGUGCUAUGGCUGCUAACCAAGAGUUCGGCAGUUCAAAUCCGUCAGGCGCUCCUUGGAAACUCUAUGGGGCAGUUCUACUCUGUCCUAGAGGGUCGCUCUGAGUCGGAAUCGACUCGACGGCAGUGGGUUUUCUUAGAAGAGAACUUCUAGUCCCAGUUAGACAAGGUGCCAUGAACAAAAGCUUGAGAAAUGGUGUAGUGUAUGUGGGGAGACGUGAGGAGUUCUGUAGUUGCUAAGCAAUGCUGGAGACUAAAGGGAAAAGCGAUGGUUAGAUGGAACAUACAGAGGCUCCGUAAGCUAUUUUAAGGAGCUUGGACUUCAUCAGAAGGGCAAUGGGAGGCUAUGAAAGUGUUAAGCAGAGGGAGAACAUUUGCAUUUAGAAAGGUCUCUCUGACUGAUGCAUGAAUAGACCAGAGGAAGGACACUUGAGGCAGAGACCAGUUGCAGUGCUCCAGGUGGAAAAUGAUGACCUGAAGGAAGGCAGAGACGGUGGAAAUGGAAAAGUAGAAAUUUUAUGAAAAUAGUAGAACUAUAACUAAUAGCACCUAAUGAUGUGAUGUGGGAGUGAAUGAGAAGGAAGAUAAUACUGUUCCUGGUUCGGGGAACUGGGUGGAAGGUGGUACCAUUCCCUAAAAUAGGAAACACAAGAAAAAGUGUGAGGGGCGGGGGUGACGGAAGGAGAGGUUAAGUUUCAUUUGGGGCACAGACUUGGACAUAACUAUCCAAGAAAAAAUGUCCAAGAGGCAGAAAUGAGCUUAAAUUCAGGAUAAAUCCAUACCUCCAUUUUCUAUCUGUAAAAUGGAGUGAUAAUUUGAGAUAACCAUACAGAGCUCCAAGAACAGAGCCUAACAAUAGGAUACAUGCACUCAGUAUAUGUUAGCUGUUAUUAUUAUAUGGGCCUGGAAAUCAGAAUGGAGAGCUAGACUGGAACAUUGUGCAACCCAGGCUGUCUGGCUCUUCCUCUACCUGCUCAUGAGUUGUUAAACAGGGAAAAGUCCCAAGUUUUGUUGAGAGUCUCAUGAAUUUUCUCAGACACUGACAAAUAAGUCCAGACACCUGCCUCGUCAGCUACCACAUUGCGUUUGCUCUUUCUUUUCCUCUGAACCCGUUUGGUUUCCACUGGGUCUUGCUACUCCUGAUGGCCUCAUUCCUCUUUGUUGGACAUUACUGCUAGUUCUCUUGGAUUCUGCCAUUUCUGCCAUGUCAGCCAAGCAGCGGCACCAUUUCUGUCAUGUUCCAUCAUUCACACCAGGUCCCACUGCUACUGUUGGGCACGGUUACCUCUCCUACCAGACACUGAAGCUCUUUCUGUCAUCUAGUUUAGGCACCCUCACUGCUGCUCCUGCCCACCUAAGGAAUGGAGACUUCCAGGACACAGUUUGUGAGGCGGUUUGUGGCCGAGUGGAGGAGAAUGACUCUUUCCACUUGAGCAUUACUUUCUGCUAAGAAAGUACUAAAGCAGGGAUGUGUGGGCCUCAAGUUCUCAGUGAGGACAGCUGUUAAUACUUAAUUACAGGUUCAUCUUUACAGGAGACAGUCAUAAUGAGUUCAUGAGCCUUGAUCAGGGUAAACCUGAGUGAAAAACACCAUAUUCAGAAUUCUUCAUGCCUAUGAGAACGAGGGCUUUGUAACUGAGACAAGCUUAGUGUGUCUGGUUUGGUUGAGUUCUCUCCUACGAGACUAGUUUGUGCAAAUAGACUAAUUGCAAGCCAGCCCACUAUCUGAUACAAUUAGCCAAAUAUACCUGAACUACAAGCGUGGGCAUAGCUCACCUCAAACUGGUCAGUCCACUAUAGAAACAAUAAGUCAGGAAAUUAAUCUUUGGUUCCCAGCCCAUCUUCCCCUUCCAAGUUAGAGCUGAUGUGAAGAUUGACAACCAGAUCAUGGAGGCCAGUGCAUCCUGUUGGAGACUAACAACCUCUGAUUUAAUACCGUCUCCUCACCACUCUACCAGCCUUGAUGAUAGAAAGGAUACAGAAUGAAAUACAAUUAUUGCCUCACCGCAGCAAGAAGUUACAUCUGUGAACCAAUGUAAUCUAGUCACAAAGUAUUGGCAAAAGACUCUAGGAAUUUUGAAGUAGUUUCAGAUACAACAUUCUUGAAUAUUACUGGAAAAUGGCAGAAGCAUUCCUAACUUGGGAUGCAUCUCCUAAAGAGGUUACUUUGGGAGAAAAAGAGUUGAGAUGUGCUGAAGAUCUCUAGAGUCAAAAAUGGCCCCACAGCCUAUCAGAUAACAACUCUUCAGGGUGGUACUGAAGCAGCAGAAUUUAAGAUGAUCUUAAGUCCUGUAGUUCAGUGAAAAUUUUACUGCUGUGAUUGAGGCAUCUCUUUGCACAGCUGGUACAUAACCAUGGGUUUGUGCACAAUAAAAGGAUAGCAAACAGAAAGGAGCUAUGCUAUUUGACCUGGCAUUUCAAUACAGUUCAUCAAAUAUAUAUUAAGUGUCUACCAUACACAGUGAUGGAGGUCCUGGGUGGUGCAAAUGACUAACGAGUUCAUCUGCUAACUGAAAGGUAGGAGGUUCAAGUCCACCCAAAGGCACCUCAAAAAAUAGGCCUGGCGAUCUACUUCCAAAAAAUCAGUCUGUGGAAACCAUAUGGAUCACAUAUCUGCUCCGACACACGUGGGGUAGCCAUGAGUCUAUUAGCAGCUGGUUUUAAUCUGAGGGGUAGUUAUCUAUUUUCUAUGAGGGCUCGUGCCCACUGAUAAGCGAUGAUAAACAUAGGUUACAAAUAGCUGCCAUCUCUUCCCUCCCUGCCCCAGCACCACUUGGAGUGCUUUUAAUUAGAAAGAUACUAACAUAGAUUAAAGUCUUAGCCAUUCUCAAUUCCUCCAUUGACCUGAUGAAAACCACAACCAUUGAGAAUCUGCUACCUUAGAGAAUAUUAUCCGAAGUUUUAUCUAAGAACACCAGUGAGCUUAAAUAUAGCACCCAGGAAGUGAGCUGUAUGCAAGACAAAAAAGUGACCCCGUUACAUACCGAUAAUUGGGUUCAAAUGUGUUCUUACCUUCUGGUUCAGAGCAUCGGACGUGUCAAGCAUAUCAUUUCCACACAGAGGCUUAGCGUUUCCUCGUGGGAGAAGGCUAAAAUAAUCUUCCAGAUGUAAAUUAAGAACCCGCUGGCUUGUCCUUUAGACUCGCCUCAGUUUUGUAUUUAUAUAUAGGACACAGUGGCCAUUGAAGCCACACGAAAUGCAAGCAAGCCAAAAAGCAAGCCCUAGCGUAGUACUUAGAGGCCGAAGAGAUAAAAUGAUGGAUCAAAAGGAUUAUUUUUACUUAAUGAAGCAUUCUGGAUUUUGAGUCUCUCUGGACUCUGUUUUCUACAGGAAGUUGUGCUCAAGGGCUGGAAUUUGGAAAUUCCACUACAGCCAUAUAAUCAGUCAGCUCUAAUUAAUUUAAUUGAAAUGGGAGUCUUGACAAAACCCUGCUGUGCUUAUAAUUAAAAAAUUACAAAUGGGUGGGAGAGAGAGGCUUAGAUAAUGUGAGGGCUUUUUCCCUCUGAAAUUAGCUUAGUGUAUUAAUUCAGAAAGUCGUCAGUUGCAUCUGAUUGUGUGCAUUGGUAAUCUGAACCAUCUGCCCCUCUAUACUAAGGAGUUCACCACUUUAAUCCAGCUUAGGGCUGGCAGACACCCACACUUCUCUACACUGUGUCCUUGAAUAGAUGAGGCUGAGCAGAGGCCUUGGCUCCUAAAUGUGUCACUGUUGUUGAGCAUACUUGGUUUGUCUGGUAUUUUGUUUUUCAGGUUUUGUCUGAGUUUUGGUUUUGUUUUACUGGGGCAGAAACAAUGGCUUUCUUUGUGAAAAGUAUGAUAAGUAACCAGGUAAAGAAUUUAGGACUUGGUGGUGGGUCGGAAGAAAAGAAGGAAGAAGGCGGCCCAUCUGAUCCUGCAGCAGCUCAAGGCAUGACAAGAGAGGAAUAUGAAGAGUAUCAGAAGCAAAUGAUUGAGGAAAAGAUGGAAAGAGAUGCCACGUUUACACAAAAAAAGGCAGAGAGGGCAUGCCUCAGAGUUCAUCUCCGAGAAAAAUACAGACUUCCAAAGAGUGAAAUGGAUGAGAACCAGAUCCAGAUGGCUGGUGAUAAUGUGGAUUUGCCUGAAGAUCUCAGGAAAAUGGUAGAUGAAGAUCAAGAAGAGGAAGAAGACAAGGAUUCUAUUCUCGGGCAGUUGCAGAAUCUCCAGAACAUGGACUUGGACACCAUCAAAGAAAAGGCCCAGGCCACCUUCACGGAAAUUAAGCAGACGGCGGAGCAGAAGUGUUCUGUGAUGUGAGGGGGUGUGGGGAGGAGCAGGUCAGUGGGCUGGGGGGAGGGGCACUCUUUGUGGAACAUUGAAAACGUGUAUUUUAACGUAGGGAGCACGGUUAGAAAACCAUGCCUAUAAAGCCCUCUACAAACACAUAGACAAGAAGGUGGUUGUCCUGAAUGUUCCUGGUAGAGUGUUGAACUAGCACCUUGCCACAAGAAGCAUGUUGUUGUUGUUAGGUGCCAUCGAGUUGGUUCCAACUCAUAGCGACCCUACAUACUUUCCUUUUAGUUAUAAAUGUGGCUAAAGUAUGAAAUUCAGCGAAGAACACAGAAAUCAGACCUACUUACAGAUCAUUAGGACAGCCAGGAAGAAACAAUAGCAAAUGUACAUUUCCUUUUUGACUUCCUUCCUUCAGGGCAGG